AUGGCUGGCCUCCAACUAAAAAGCAUAUCACCUGAAAUGUGGGAAUACAUUAAGGACAAUCAAAUAGCCGAGAUAUGUGAGGCUCUUCUGACAGGCUUAGCAGUGAUGUGUCCACAAGACCCACAUAAAUUUAUCAUUGACAAACUGAAAUAUAUAAAAGAAAAUGGUCUGGAGUGUAUUCAAUGGGAUAUGUUUGUGGAAGAGCACAUGCGACCAAAAAAGCGAUUUAUGUCAAAUCGAGGCUUUGACUUUCUAUUUGGGGCUGAAGAAGAAGAUAAACCAACAUCUGAGAUGUUUUCAAAGGCCUAUGAAUACUUUAAUACUCAACUGAAGCAAAAGGGAUUAAAUGCCUUGAUUGAAAAUUGGAUUGAGAAUAAAACACACAGAGAGCAAAUCAUUGGCAAAGUAGUGAGGAUCAAAAAACAGCGAGAAUUCAAACUGAUGCAAACUUUCUUUGGUGGAUGGAGGGAAUUGACUCAGCAGGUUGUGAAUCGAUAUUCCAUGGCCCAGCAACAUCUUGAUCAUGUUAGUAAUGUCCAGUUGUGCGCUGUUGUCUUCACAGUGUGGCACCACAUCACUCAGGACUCCAUUCGACAACGUGAAUACUUUGAGAUCUAUCUAUCUAUAUAUCUAUCUAUCUAUCUGCUUGGUGACUGGAAUAAAUUUGUCUCCCAUCAGUGUUUGAGUUCAGUUAAAGGCCAUGGUUUCAAAUGCUUAUUUUCAAGGUCAUCUAAAAGAUAG